AUGAACCGUUAUGAUGCUGCCCGGCGAAGGCAGGCCCGCCCUGGCAGAUCCGCUCUAGGCUAUUGGGUACCGCUGGUCGUGACGGUGACUAUUGCGACUGCUGGUUUAGCCGCCUGGAUCUGGAGCGAACGCCAGCAAGACGACGACGAUAACGAUGAUAACGACCAAAGAAACGGCCUAGAAGACGACAAAUAUGACCACCCUCUCGAUUAUCCCGAGGACCUAUCCGACCAGCAAGCAGAGCCCCGCGACGAAGGCUUCCUAGCUCGCAUGACGGGCCGCACCCCUUCACCACAGCAAUUCUUUGAUAGAACUGGUCAACGUAUACGUGCCGCAGUAGGCUUAUCUGGAGAUGGAAGACAAGAAGAAAGAGCCGAACCUGCCUUUUCAGAUAGCGAACAUUGGAAUGAAGAAGCCGAGAGCAAGCGAUCACAACAACCCACUUGUUCCCGGCCCAUCGGCAAUAAAGCAAAGAGAAACAUAGCCAUUGUAUUGAGUGCCGAUACGGAUAACCAACAAGAUGAUGAGGCUUCUUAUCGUACAGAGCAUGCUUCCAUCCUCUCCCACCUGCCUGAGCAUAUCGACCCAGCCUUCACAAAUCUCUUCAUCCUGAUAUACGCCCCUGACCAGAAAUCUCUCCCUGCUCUCCCCACAACUUCUGCAUCGACCACUCUCUCAUCCUCUUACGCCUCUGUCUCCUACCCUGGUACAUCGUCUCCUGACCAGCCAUCUUCCUCACUGUUCGACGCACUAUGGCAAAAGUCCCAAUCUCUGGUGGACAAGCCUUCCCAAGUCCUCCCUUUCUCAACCCCCACUGGCUACAUCCACAUCCUGCGCCACCUCUCCCCCUCUCUGGUCUACCUAACAGAUGCCCCAUCGCUCUCCGGUCAACGUGGCGAGCACAUCCAGCAAUUGAAAGGCUGGGUCGGCCAAACAAUUCUCGUAGUCGGUGACGACGGCGCUGGCGGCCUGGUCGACACCGAAACAGAAACCGAAGACGAAGCACUGCAUAAAGGAAAAGCACCAGAGAGAAGCGACAAAUGGUGGGGGUCUUCAGAACUCGUCGGUCUAGGCAAAGACGUCGAAGUCGUAGAUAUCGGUCGCAUGGGCGAUGACUGGUGGAGAAGAGUGGGAAACUCGAAUUAA